AUGAUUUCUUCUCUUCCCCUGCUCGCUGCAGCAUCUGUAGCAUCAGCUUCUAGCAAGUCUCUAAGCGACAUCUGUUCCAAGAGCAUCGCCCAGGCUGCUCUGCCCUCUGAUAUCAUCCAGGGGAUUACCCUCGAUUCUACUUCCGUUACUGCCGCAGUUGUCACCAACAGCUCAGUCAGCAGUGAUUUCUUCCCAGAUGCAAUCAUCGACUAUUGCAAUGUGACAUUCGCCUAUUCUCACGACGGGAUUGCCGAUGACCGUGUCCUGCUCGAGAUAUGGCUACCUGCACCGUCCGAGUUCCAAAAUCGCUGGUUGUCCACCGGCGGAGGUGGUCUUGCGAUCAACUCCGGCGACAGUUCUCUCCCUGGAGGCAUUAUCUAUGGCGCGGCAGCGGGCAUGACUGAUGGCGGCUUUGGUAGUUUUAGCACCAACGCCGAUGCCGUGAUGCUUCUCGCCAACGGUACACUUAAUUACGAAACUCUGUACAUGUUCGGCUACAAGGCACAUUGGGAGCUAAGCAAGAUCGGCAAGCAAUUCACCAAGAACAUCUUCGGUCUUUCUGACUCCCAGAAGCUCUACUCUUACUACCAGGGCUGCUCCGAGGGUGGCCGAGAGGGAUGGAGUCAAGUGCAACGCUACGCCGAAGAAUGGGAUGGGGCGGCAAUAGGUGCUCCAGCUUUCCGCUGGUCGUUCCAGCAGACUCAGCACUUGUACUCCAAUGUAGUCGAACAGACACUGGACUAUUACCCACCUCCCUGUGAGCUCGAGAAGAUCGUCAACGAGACCAUUGCUGCGUGCGACCCGCUGGACGGGAAGACCGAUGGGGUGCUUUCGAGAUCUGAUCUCUGCAUGUUGCAUUUUGAUAUCGAAAGCACGAUUGGAAAGUUAUACUAUUGCGCCGCAUCAACUGGACCCAGUGGCCCGUUCAAACUGUCCAAGCGUCAAUCUCCAGGUGGCAGUUCCACUCCAGUCCAGAAUGGUACGGUGUCGGCCAAAGGCGUAGAAGUUGCAAAGACAAUCCUCAACGGACUGCAUGACUCCGAGGGCCGCCGCGCAUACUUUUCCUACCGUCCUGGUGCAGGAUUUGAUGAUGCUCAGACGCAAUACAACUCCACUACUGGCAAAUGGGAACUGUCUAUCGACCAGCUCGGUGGCGAACAUAUCGCGUUGUUGAUCUGGAAGAACGGGACCACUUUAGACUCUCUUGACGGUGUCACGUAUGACACCCUCAAGGAGUGGAUGAUCUCUAGCAUGCAAGAGUAUUACUCAACUUUACAAACCGUCUGGCCAGAUCUUACUCCGUUCCACAAGGCUGGCGGAAAAGUGAUUCAUUUCCACGGUGAAGCCGAUGCUAGUAUCCCCACUGCCUCGUCAAUCCGCUACUGGGAAUCAGUGCGUCAGGUCAUGUAUCCCAACGAAAGCUACACCGAUGGAGCAAACGCUCUAAAGGAAUGGUAUCGUGUCUACACCGUUCCGGGUGCCGCCCACUGCUCUCCUAACCCGCUCAUGCCCAAUGGCCCUUGGCCACAGACAUCACUGGGCAAUCUCAUCGAUUGGGUUGAGAACAAUGUUACGCCGACUACACUGAAUGCUACUGUUUUGCAGGGCGACAAUAUUGGUGACAACCAGCAGCUUUGUGCCUACCCACUUCGUCCACUCUGGAAGAACGGCACGAUGGACUGUGUUUACGACCGGGCUUCUAUUGAUACAUGGAACUAUGACCUUGAUGCAAUCCCGGUUCCAGUUUACUAG